AUUCAGUUGCUCACUCUUCACAAGUUCAGUUCGUUCAAUUAAAAUUUUCAUUUGUAUGACUUUCUAUAUUGUAGGAUGUUUUAGGCCUGCUAACCUAAAUAAAUAGGAUUAUGUAGAAACGACUGUCACUGGGCUGUCUCAUCGCGUAGGAUUUUAAUAUUCAGUUCAACUUCCUCUCUUCAUGGCAAUUUAUCUUCUGUUUUUAUUUUGCUUGCCGCUUAUCUGCACUUUUCCAAGUCGUGAUGUUAUAAGUGAUUUGGACAAAGAUUAUAUUAAAAACCAGUUGCAGUGUAAUGGACUAUCUUGUGAUUUAUGGAAAAAUUUGAAAUCGGUUUUAAAAACGAAAAGAGAUAAAUCGCAAUCUUUCGUGCAUGACGAUUUGGUGACGGAUUAUAAUGAAGAGUAUGGUGACAUCCUUUUGACGAAUGAGCAAGCUAAGCAGUUCAUUGAUGAAAUCGAAAGACCUCUUUCAGACAACAGAAGAAAGAGGAGAAAGGUAGAAAAUUUUGAAAAAUCAGCAGAUAAAAAAUGGAAAUUACCAAUUCAGUACAGAUAUGAAGGAUAUGUUUCAUAUGAGAAGGAUGUCAUUGAAAUGGCUAUUCAACAAUGGGAAAACGAAACUUGCGUUCGAUUUCAACAAAUGAAGAAAGACAGCAACCGAAAAGUUCCUCAUUUAAUAUUUGCAAACUUCGGCUUCGGGUGUAGGGCAAGUGUAGGUAGACGAGGAGAAGACGCAGAUAUCAUCUAUUUGCCAAUAGCUAAUAAAUGUCUCUCUCUCCUUGGGGUGCCGAUACAUGAAAUAGGACAUGCUCUAGGACUAUGGCAUGAACAUCAACGCUAUGAUCGAGAUAAAUAUGUUACGAUUAAAACUGAUCAUGUAGAUCCAGGAAAUUUAAUCAACUUUAGAAAAAGAUCCCCAAAUUAUAUGAAUACAUAUGGUAUCCCAUAUGACUUUAACAGUGUUAUGCACUAUAGCUCAAGGGGGUCUUCGAUAAACAACAAGUAUACGAUUAAAACACAUGACAAGAAUUAUCAAGGAAAUAUUGGACAAAGAGUUCAUUUAUCCUUCCUUGAUGCUUUGGCAAUAAAUAAAGCAUAUUGCAAUAAUAUUUGCCAAAACAUACCCUCACCUGUUUGCGCUAAUGGAGGUUAUCAGGAUCCUAAUAGCUGUUAUAGAUGUAAGUGUCCUCAUGGGUUAACUGGUAAAGAAUGCACAAUGGGUUUAGGAACAGAGAGAUGUGGAGGAACUAUUCAUCUUUCCAACUAUGGACAAAGGAUAAUUCAGUCGCCAAAUUACAAAACUGGAAAAAAUUAUUCAUUAGAUGAAGAUUGUAGUUGGCUUAUUACUGCCCCAAAAAAUCGUAAAAUUUUACUUGUAUUUGAAGGGGAGUUUGGCAUAUAUUGCGAAUCCCCGACGUGCUAUCACUGGGUAGAAGUUCAACAUAAACGUGACUUUCGUUUGAACGGCUACAGAUUCUGCUGUGGUACUAGACCUAAGGAGCAUAUGCUCUCCGAGACAAAUAAAAUGUUAAUAUCUUUUGCUUCUAAACAUCCUGUGCAACCAAAGGCUGACGAGAUUUGGAAAGGAUUUCGAGUGAAAGUUUCAAGUGUACCAAAGACUUAUGUUAGGAGAGAAUCUACAACAAGUUUAUCAACUUCUACCGAAAAAACUACUAAAGAGGAGUUAACAACAUCUCGUUUUUCCUCGGUAAGGCCAAUUUUCAGUUCAAAAAUUCCAUUUCCUACGAAGAGAAUUAAACCAUCAACAAUGGACUUAUCAACUAGUACGGAAGAAACUUCAACCGUUUCGCAACUUUAUUUAACAAGUUCUUUCCCUUCAAAGAAAAUCUCAUCAAAAAUUUCAACAUUAAAAGCUUUGGUUACAGUUGAAAAUAAGUCAACAGCUGAACCUGAAAACUCAACGAAAAAGCAAGUGAGCACAAGUAGAAAUUCAAUUUCAUCUAAACCAACGCAGAUAGAUGAGACUAGCAUUUAUACGCCUUUCUUUAUAACUUGGGGAGAAUGGGACAAUGAGUGUGGAAAGAAGAAAGGAUGUUAUUGCGGCGGGUGUGCUGUCAGAACACGUUAUCGUAUUUGUGAUGGAAAAUUAUGUUCUUCAUUACCCUAUCCACCUCCUGGGAUUCUAUUAUCCGAGACAGGCAGCUGCCUAAAUAGUUGUUCGGAAUCUGAUUUCAUUGAAUUCUCCUUUUUUGGAAAAGUUAUUCGAUCGAAACACAUUGGAGGCCUACAAAAGAAUGUGAAUGAGGAGGAGGCCAUUGACAAAGAUCGUUUACCGCACCCAGCAAAGCAGAAUCUUCCGAUAGGAAGAGUUCCUGAUCCUCUGAUGAAAAAUGAUGUUGAAGAAAUACGUAAAAUUGAGAGUCAAUUUUUCGGUGUUCCACUGGAAAUUUUAAAAAGAUACUAUUAUGAGGGUGAUGAUACGAUCGACGGCGACAUUAAGUUGACCCGAGAACAAGCAAAGUUUGUACUAAAUGAAUUAAAAAAAACAAGGCAUAAAAGAAAGGCAUUAAAACUGGGUCAUGAAGCUAAACUAUGGAAACUUCCAAUUAAAUAUUAUGUAUCAAAAAAAAUUACGGGAAACGAAAAACAUACAGUGAACUUAAAAACCGCGUUCAAGCAUUGGGAAAACGAAACCUGUUUGAGAUUUAAAGAAGUCAAAGAAUAUGAAAAACAUGACGAAUUCUUAAAUUUAGAAUUUUCUAAUGGAUGCUCCUCUUAUGUUGGCAAUAUAUAUGGUAAUUCUCAGGAGGGUCAAUACUUGAGCCUUUCCGAACCUUGUUUAAAUGAUUGGCCAAGAUUAGCUCAUGAAAUAGGACAUGCGGUUGGUUUCUGGCAUGAACAUCAAAGAAAUGAUAGAGAUGAUUAUGUAGAAAUUCGACAGAAAAAUUUUUAUCCAGAUGAAUCCCUUUUCUAUCAAAUUAUUCUUAAAAAAGAUACGGACGAUCUAGUUCCUUAUGACUACGCCUCUUUGAUGCAUUAUGGAGCCUAUGUUGGUGGAAAACAUAAAAAAACAAUCGCUCCUCACAACCCUAUAUUUGAUAAAACAAUAGGUCAGCUAGUUGGAUUGUCUUUUCUUGAUUCAAAAUUAAUAAAUGAAGUUUAUUGUAAAAACUCGUGUGGAAAUAAGAAACUUGAUUGCAAAUAUGGGGGAUAUCCGGAUCCUAACGACUGUUCCAAGUGUCGCUGUCCUGAUGGACUUGGAGGACAACAAUGUGAAGAUGUGGCUAAAUCAAUAGGUGGUAAUUGCUCUGAAGAUAUUCUCUUAGAUAUGUGGCAAACAAAAGAGCUGAUUAGCCCUAAUUAUGGUGAUUCUAUGUAUAGUAGCUUUUUAGAAUGCAACUGGAGAAUAUCAGGGCCAAAAAAUGCAGAUAUUGUAGCCGAAUUUGUCAAUGACUUUCAAAUAUUUAUUUAUCUAAAUACGAUUUGUUAUCAUUGGGUUGAAAUCAAGUAUUUACCUGAUAAAUCCUUGACGGGACCAAGAUUUUGUGGUUUCAAUCGACCAAAAUCGGUUAUAAGAAGUAAAAAAACGGAUAUAAUUGUUACGUUUCGUUCUAAAGUAAAACUUCCACAGAAAUAUAAAGGAUUUAAACUGGUAUUAAAGGCUGUACCGAAAGAUUAUGUUUUUACAACUGCAGCAACAACCAUUUCCGAAACUACCGAAGCAACAACUAGUGUUCCAUUGACUACAAAGAAAGUAGAAUAUUUACCUAUACCACCACCGCUUGAAAUCGAAGAAAUUAACUUUGAGAAAUGUCAAGCAGCUGAUAUAUUGUACCUACUCGAUUCUACAAAAUCGUCUAACGUUGGACAGCUACAAAGGACCUUAAUUACUGUUAAUAGACCACUGAAUUUGCAGGAAGAUGCAAUUAGACUUGGUGUAAUAUCGUUUGGAGAUGAAGCAACAACUAAUAUAGAUUUUGGAGACUACUCAAGUUACAUUUAUUUUGCUAAGGCUAUUAAAUCUAAAGUUAAACCAAAGAAAAGUUUAGGAUGUAAUGUUGCUGACGCCUUCAGGAAAGCAAGAAAAUUAUACGAAGAUAAUCAGUUAGGAAUGUUGCGGCAUAAAAUUGCUUUAAUGUUUAUAGAUGGACCGUCAUCUGUGGAGAAUGAUCAGACUAUUUUAGAAGCUAACAAACUCAAGGAGCUUGGUGUUAAAGUAGUCAUAGUUAGUAUAUCACGAUAUGUUAGAUGGAAAGAAUUAGGACCAUUAAUUUCGGAGCCCUAUGGCGAUAAUACUAUAUGGUUAAGAAAUUUCAAGACGCUGAAUGAGAAGUCUGUUAUUAGUUGGAUACAAUCUAAAAUAUGCCAUAGAAAUCCUGAUGUAUUAAUUUCAACAACUAAAGAAACAACGCUAGGGAUAUCUACAACAGCUUCAGUUAAGACAGACCCUCCAACCGAAUCGUUUACGUCUAAAAUAACAAAUAGAGAAACGAGUCUAAAACAAUCUACGGCAGAUUCAGUUACAAGCAAUAUUGUCACAGAAUUUUCUACUCCUUUGAUGACAAGUACAAAGGAGGAUCCAGAACAAUCCACAAUGACAAUGAACCUGUCCACACUAAUUAAAGAAACUACUUCAAAAACUCCUGCAGCCGUUACAGAAAGAAUUGACACUACAUAUUGGACUCUUCUUCCGUUGGCGACAACUAAUAAAAAAAAUAAAAUUACGACAAAAAAAUCAACAGAAAAAAGUUUUACCACGUAUUUUACGCAAAAUUCCCAUUCCAAGACAGAUUCUUCCCAAACAACUUCACUUUACAAAGAUGAAUCAACAGUAGACACUACAAUUUCAACGAAAUUCCCAACUACUUUGACCACAUCAUUAUUUAAUAUGUCUUCACCUUCAACUGAAACCCCAAGUAUGUCAACAGAAUCAUCAUCGUCGUCGUCAUCGGCGUCUCAAACAAAUACGUAUAGAGAAACAACAGAAAUUCAACACGAAACAUCUUCAACAAAGUUCUCAGUCUCAGUCGGUAAAAAUGACAUCACAACAAAUGAAUUGUCUGUAGAAGAAACACAAAGUAAUCCUUCUACUUUCAAAGACUUAAAAUCAACAUUAGCUCCAUCUACAACUGAUACUUCUAAAAUCUCUACAGCUUUUGAUUCAAAAUCAGAAACAACCGAAAAUACCUCGAAACAGACAACUUACCAGAUAACAACGAUUCCGUCAUUAUCAACACAAAGCGAUUCAGUUUUUUUCGAAAGCACAACAGAAUCUCAAACUUCAACUUUGCAAACAACUAAAGGUGACCUAAUAGUUUUUUCCUGCAGUUUCGAAACGGAGAGUGGUCAGAAAACUCUUUGCAAUAUGAUUCAAUCUGAUGAAGAUAAGUUUGAUUGGACAAUUCAUUCUGGCGAGACAAAAUCUUCUAAAACAGGUCCGAGAGAAGCAGAUUCCUUACCUUUUUACCUUUACAUUGAAGCCACCAAUAAAAAUAAUCGUGAUUAUGCACUAAUUUCCACUCCGGCAUUAAGUUCUGGAGGACAACACUGCCUAGAAUUUAUGUACAACAUGUAUGGAUUUCAUAUUGGUAAACUAUCAAUUUUUAAAGAAUCAGCCAACAAACUUGAAGAGGUUUGGGCCUUAAGUAAACAACAAACAACAAGUACAAUUUGGAGGAAAGCCACAGUUUCUAUAAGUUUAGAUUACAAUGACAAAAUUACCUUUGGAGCAUGGAGAGCCAAAGGCUAUUCCGGAGAUAUUGCCAUUGAUACAAUUAAGCUUACAAAAACUGCUGACUGCAUAGAGUCCAGAUAG